CUAAAACACUAGAGUACGCUGAGUUGCUGGCCUCAGUUUCUUUCUGAGGCCUGUAUCGUUGAGAAGGCUAAAUUGGGUAAACUAGAGCGGGAGUGGUUGAAGAGUCCCCAUCGAUGGGGAGAAUAGCAUUAGAUAUGUAGAGACAGAUUUAAAAGGCGGCCCUGCAGCGCUUGCUGCUGCGGUGUCUCUCCGGUCAAUCACUGACCCUCUUUCGUAUCCUUCCUUGCCCUUUCCUCUUUUUCCUCUCCGCUUUGCUUUUCCUCUCCUCUCUCGAGUGUUUAAUCUUUAACUACUCCAUUAGUAGUAGUACGUACAGAUAUAGAACCCAUGUUUUAAGCAGCUCACUACAAACUCUCUGGAGAGUCUUAACAAAUAUGGAGAUGGAAGUAAUGAUGCCAUCGGCUCCGGUGGACUUCAACUUCGACAGUACAUGCACUUCUCCGUACAUUAGCGCCCCUUCAAGUCCCCAGCGCUUCGGGACCUUCUUCUUCAGCGCCCCGACAAGCCCCACCCGGGCUUCCUCCUUCUACGCCGACUUCAAUAACUUCUCCCUUCAUCAUGAUGAUCAUGAGACCUCCCACGACCACGAGUCUCUGUCUGCAGUUCCAUUCAACUGGGAAGAAAAGCCUGGAAUGCCCAAGGCUCAAGAAUCCCUUUUGAUCAGGGAUGUUAAUUCUAAUAACUAUGCGGAUAAAGAGUUCGCUUUCGAUUUCAGCGGGCAGUUGGAGUCGAGUUCUUUAUCUGCUGAUGAGCUCUUUGAUGGGGGCAAGAUCAAGCCUUUGAAGCCGCCGCCUCGAUUGCAAUCAGCUGUUGCUGAUUCUUUGAGCCCGAAGUCGCCUCGAUCACCCAAGAAGAAGAUCAAAGAGGCAUUGUCACCCCGACAUAAAAUGAAGGAUUUUGACCCGUUUGCGGCGGCGCUCGAACAAACUCGUAAACAGAAUAUUAGCACCAGCACCAGAACUGCCAUUACCCAAGAACGUCCUGGAAGAAAUGAUGAUCAAGUUCAACGCGGCCGAGAAAGGACUCAGAAGCCGCCCUCCUUUAGGCAAAAAGGAACCAGAUCUUUGUCCCCUUUUAGGGUCUCGGACUUGUUACUCGAUCAUCGAGAGAACAAUCAACAGAAUGCAAAGAACAAUUCAGCUUCUUCUUUCUCUUCUUCUUUUUCGUGGUUUUGGUAUAGAAAGUGGAAGCUCAAGGACUUGUUGCUGUUUAGAAGUGCAUCAGAGGGGAGAGCUACGAGUAAAGAUCAUUUAAACAAGUAUUCUACGUUGAAGAAGAAUAAUACGGAGCAAGAGGAUGUGAAAAACUCGAGCUUCAGAUCAACUGAUAGUGUUGGUUCAUCAGUAUCAAGCUCCAAGAGGAGAGGCCAAGCUUCAGCUCACGAAUUGCAUUACACGGCAAACAGGGCAGUCUCAGAGGAGCUCAAGAAGAAAACUUUCUUGCCUUACAAGCAGGGGUUAUUGGGCUGCUUGGGAUUCAAUCCGGGGAUUCCUAUUCAUGAAAUUUCUAAAGGGCUCGGUUCUAUGAGCCGAGUUCGUGGUUGAUUAAUUUAUUAGAUUUCUUGUCAAGGAUAAAACAACUUCUGGGGUUGGUGGUGUGGACAUCUUCUCUAAAUCUGUAUCUCCACUUCUCUUUCUUGUUCAGAAAAAGUAUAAACAAAAGUCUCUUGCUGUUCUCUUUUUUCUAUUGAUACAAUUUUACUAGG